GAGAGUAGAUGAGCCGACAAGCGCAGUCUGCGUGUGGGAAAGCAGCAGAGAAGUUUGAUCCUCUGCCGUGCUGAGAUUUGGCAAACUGCGGCACAGCAGCAGAGCGCUGUGGUGUUUUCAGCCAGCAGAGUGGGAGAAGUAGUGGGACGUGUAGGCAUUGGAGGAGAAGCUACUGCAUCGGUUAGACUUGCAUAUGAGAGCAAGGGUGGAGGAAUGGGCGAUGGGAUGUGCUACAGCUUUGCAAUGAUACGUCUAGGCUUCUGUGUCUUGCUUGUGAGCAUCACCUGCCGGCUCAGCCUCUCACAGGAUGUAGCUGGAACUCCCAAACAGACAGAAUUAAACGACAACAUCACCAUCUUUACCCGCAUCCUGGAUGGACUGCUUGAUGGUUAUGACAACAGACUCCGGCCCGGUCUGGGAGAGAAGGUGACGGAGAUCAAAACCAACAUCUUUGUCACAAGUUUUGGUCCAGUCUCUGACACUGAAAUGGAAUACACUAUUGACGUAUUCUUCCGUCAAAGCUGGAAAGACGAGAGGCUUUGCUUUAAAGGCCCGAUGGAGAUGCUGGCUCUGAAUAACCUGCUGGCCAGCAAUAUCUGGACCCCCGACACCUUCUUCCUUAACGGGAAAAAGUCCAUUGCACACAACAUGACCACGCCCAACAAGUUGCUGCGGCUGAAAGACGACGGGACGCUCCUUUACACUAUGAGGCUCACCAUCUCAGCAGAAUGUCCCAUGCAGCUGGAAGAUUUCCCCAUGGAUGCCCACGCCUGUCCCCUUAAGUUUGGAAGCUAUGCCUAUCCUGUCUCAGAGGUGGUCUACACAUGGACUCAGGGAGCAGCCAAGUCUGUGGUGGUGGCAGAAGAAGGCUCAAGGCUCAACCAGUAUCAUUUGAUUGGCCAGACAGCAGGAACGGAGGACAUCUACACCAGUCGGGGUCAGUACACAGUGAUGAUGGCUCACUUUUACCUGAAGAGGAAGAUAGGCUAUUUUGUCAUCCAGACCUACAUGCCAUGCUUCAUGACUGUGAUCCUGUCACAAGUUUCCUUCUGGCUCAACAGAGAGUCUGUGCCAGCAAGAACCGUCUUUGGUGUGACAACAGUGCUCACUAUGACCACUCUCAGCAUCAGUGCCCGAAACUCCCUACCUAAAGUGGCUUAUGCCACUGCAAUGGACUGGUUCAUUGCAGUGUGCUAUGCCUUUGUCUUCUCAGCCCUCAUUGAAUUUGCCACAGUGAAUUAUUUUACCAAAAGAAGCUGGGCCUGGGAUGGGAAGAAGGCAAUGGAGGCCCAACAGCCCAAGAAAAAAGACCCUUUAGCUUUGUCAAAGAAGCCCAACAACACCUGCUCCACUGGUGUGAAUUACACAGCCAACCUUACGAAAGACGCAUCCAUCUCCACCAUUUCAAACAGCACAACUAUUCAGCUUAAACCAUCUGAAAGCAAGGCCUCAGACCCCAAAAAGACUUACAACAGUGUGAGCAAGAUCGACAAGAUGUCCAGGAUUGUGUUCCCUGUGCUUUUUGGGACCUUCAACCUGGUGUACUGGGCUACGUACCUGAACAGGGAACCAGUGAUAAAAGGAGCUGAGUGAGUUCUACGCUGAGGGCCAGAGAUGACGAAAACUUAAUCAGAAAUUAUAAUGCCAAGCACUUUGUCCUUGUAUCAUAAUUGUGUUCUUUUAAGAUAUUUACAAAUUAUUGCAUGUGUGUUGCUUCGGGUAAGUGCUGCCAUGUUUGCCUUGAGUUAGUACUUGUAUGAUUACCAACUUAAAAGAUUGACUUAUUAUUACUCACUCAGAACUUAGUUAUACAGAAUCUUUUUUAAAUUUUUAGCAUUUGGCAUUUCUAUUCUGUCAUUUAGUUAUUAGUCAAAAAUGUAAAAAAGCAAGGCCGAAUGCUAUGCAAAGCAAAAUUUGUACUGUAUUACUCAAAACCGCCUUUUAUCUUUGUAAGUCUUUGUACAGUAAAUAUUGACCUUGAAGUCCACGAAUGUGAAAUUGGACCAGGGAAAAUGUACCUUUGCUUUGUUGUUAAAAGCAGACGAAUAGCCAUGCUAUAUCUGUUGCCUUCGGAGUGUGAUAACUCAUUAUGAAUGCACUGAACUCUGUACUCCUGCAACAACUUCACUCUGAAGCCUGAUUCAGAAAGUUAAUUUAGUGGACUCUGUUCAUUUUUGUUACUUUUCAAUUGAUCGUGGCCUGUUUUCAAUUGAGUUUAGUUCAUCUCAGUUUCUGUUAUAGUAGAGGUGACAGAGAAAAACAUUUGAAGCUAAAGUGAUGGCUAUGAGGUUAGAAACUGUGUAUAUAGGGAAGUAUGGAUGGAGUUUAAGACAGUUGUGUAUUUGCCCUGCUUAUAGAAUAGCACCACUAGGCCAGUAAAGUUAGCACUUAUAUCUAUGUAAUGCUUAUACAACAGCAUUGUUACAUGCUAGUUUAGUGCUUUAAAGAAAAUGACCCAUGUAGUUGCAGCCUUAGCAAGUUUAAAAAAUAUAUAUGUUUAUAAAAACAUUCAUUUUUUUCAAAGAUAAAACUUUGUUUUUUAGAGCUUUUUUUUUUAAAGUUAGCAUUCUUGAUGAUUAUUCUUGAGCAAAAUCCCUGUUUUAGCAUGAAAAUAAGUGUGACAUGUGCAGGCAAUGCUAAUUGUGAGAUAAAAAAGUAAUCAUCAUACCAAUUUCCAUAACCAUUGUCCAAAGACAGAUGUUUAACAAAAAUAAAAGAAACUCCAACUUAAUUAAAUUAGCUCGUUUUAGCUUUGCUUAGCCUUAGCAUAAAGACUAGAAACUGGGAAAACAACUAGCCUGCUGUUACUUCAUUUAUUCCAUUCAUUUUGAUUUAGCUCUGUAUCAUGUUUUAUUGGAGUUGUUAAAAAACUAUAGGUUCAAGUGACCCAGAAACACAAAUUAUUAGCUUCAUAACAAUUUACUUUAGCUCCUAUGAAUUUAAAUACUAAUUUGUUACAUUCUACCUGUUUGUGUUGAAUUACAACUCUAGGUCAGUAUGUGUUCAAGUUGGAGUGCUCCAUACUUGCUCGUACCUUAUCUAUUACCAACCCUUACACUAUAUUGCCUAAAUUAUUGAGACACGUUCCUUUAAACACACAUGAACCUCCGACGAACUCUUAUUCUUAACAUUUAGGCUUUAAUAAGGAGUUGUUCUUCCCUUUGGAUUGAGGAAAUUGAGGGUUGUUCUACCCCUUUCAGAACUGUUUCAACUCUUACGGGAAGGCUGUUCACAGGGCUUAAGUUUAUACAAUAUUUACCCAUUUGUGAGGUCUGACAUUGUUGUUGGACAACAUGGCCUGGCUCGCAGUCUCCGCAUAUAUUCACCAAAAGGUGUUCUAUAGGGUUGAGGUCAGGACUCAGGUGUUGGCCAGUAUAGUUCCUAUACAGCAUUGUUGAUCAUUCAUGUUCUUGUGGACCUUCCUUUCUGCACUGGUGUUUAGUCAUGUUGGAACAAAAUUAGGCCCCCAAACCUUUCCCACACAUCAUUUAGUUCCAUUUAUAAACUAAGGGGCACCACACCUGAAAAACAACCCAACGCCAUAUUCCUUCCCCCACCACACUUAACACUUGGCACAAAGCAGCUUGGCAAGGACAGUUCACCUGGCGACCACCAGUCCCAGUGUUCUCCUUCAGACUGCCAGACAGAGACGCAUUAUUCUUCACUCCAGAGAACAUGUCUCUACUGCUCUAGAAUCCAUUGUUGGUGAGCUUUACGCUACCUCAUCCAGCAUUUUGUUUUGCAGUUGGUGAAAUAGGCUUUGGAUGCAGCUGCUUGGCCAUGGGAACCCAUUCCAUGAAGCAGACUGUGGACUGUAUCAACCCCUGGCCCCGCUCUGUGUUAUUUUAUGGCCCACUUUUGUGGCUGAGUUGCUGUGGUUCCGAGUUGCUUACACUUUAUUGUUCUUCAAAAAAGAGCUGACCAUAGGAGGUUUAGUUGUAAGGAAGUUUCAGGAAUUAACAUGCACAGGCAACAUCUGGUUACAUUACCAGGACCUAGGGAAGCAGUCUGCAUGCCUAUCUGCCAUAAUGGAAGUGGCUGUGGAAGCAAUUGGCAUGUCUGAAUUCAGUGGUUGAUGGGGUGUCUCAAUACUUCAGGCAAUGUAGUACAUUUUCAGAUUUUAAACACAAAAAAGAAACUAAAGGUUGGAGUAUGUUACCUGGUAAUUUGGAACUUUCUUUUUAUGUUUGGGUAUUUAAAAAAAUAAAAUAAAGCCAAACUAUCCUUUUUCUAUUUUUAAGCUUUUUAUUCUAAACUCAGCUUAUCCAAUCCAUAUCUGCUACAGAAAUAUGAGUGGCCAUGAUGUUUCUAUUAAGUCUCAUAAAAAGACUAUGCCUAUUUAUUGUACCUAUCUCUUUUUCUUAAAAAUGUCAAUCACUUAAAUAGAAUAAUGGAAUGUAAUGGCCUUUUUUACCUAAUGCUCACAAGGUACAAACAUUAUUUUUAGCAACAUUUGUUUUAAUGCCUGAGCUUUAUCAUGUGACUUAAUUCCUGCUUUAGCACUGUUUUAUUUAAUGUAUUGCAUUAUUACAUUUAAGUAAAACAUAAAUUCUGUGCUUUAAAAACAAAUACCUGAAGCAAUAAAAAAAUGCUCAUGUGAAUGGCAAUUUAUGUUCAUGCAUACAUUUUUCCUGUAUUUAAUUAGCUUUUCAAACAUUUGGCAGUCAUCUUUUUUAGUGAAUGCAUUGCUUUGGUUUAUUUUAUCCCAUCCAUUCAAUAUUGGAAACAUGUCGCAAAUGUCAAGGCCUGUGCUGAUAUCAAAAAACAUACACUUUGUUCUGUACCUGAUUCCAAUAAAACUUCACUCGCAUUGCCUUCUUGCUUUUAGUGGUCAGUGAUAAUAAAGCUCUUGAAAGAAAA